AUCUCUCAGUAAGCAAUGCAGUAUGGAUGCACUACUCGCUAUUGCAUAUCUAAGUUUUUCGCACCCAGGUGCGAUCACGUUAAUCAGCCAUAGCGCUCGUAUCGUACAUGUAUCGGUGUGAUCCCGUGAUUUUCCUCGUGACUAAUUCGAUGAAAAUCAGCGAGAAAAAUUAUCAAUGAUCCCAAGAGAAUGAUAAAAUUUCGCACGCGCGUGCACGCUAUUCCAGGCAUGAAAGCGCUUCCAACUUCUUAGAAAUCGUUUAUUAUUGCACCUCGUUAUGCGUGGGACGAUGUGAAUAAAAUAGAUUGAUCUUCUUGAUCUUCUCUGAUUCUUGAAUUGACUCAUUGAUUUGAAACAACGUCGUCGAAUUACAAUAUGUCUUACUCUCUCAUGAGCAUCAUCACUUAAAGGCCUAGCAAUGGAGCGAAAUGGUGCUAGAGAGAUGGAGGAGCGUAGAUAUAUUCGAGAUACUGGGAAGGCUCUAAAAAAGUAUGGGAGUACAGCUAAACACAUGACAAGGACCGAGAGUUUAGUGAAACACACAGUGUGUCCUACAGAUACUCUCCAAGGAAUAGCUCUGAAAUAUGGAGUUACGACAGAACAAAUUAGAAGGAUUAAUAGAUUAUGGGCUUCAGAUAGUUUAUUUUUACGAGAACAUUUGCUUAUUCCUAUUAAUGCAGAUAAUUCUGCCUCUGUAUGUAAUAACGAAUCCGUAGCUCCUGAAGAACAUGACAUCCCUCCAAAUGUAUCUAGUCCUUCAUCUAUAUCAUCUAUUGAUGAUGAAAGUUCAGUUGGUGAUUUCUUAGCUAAAAUGGAUUCUUCAAUAGCUAAUGUUAAGAAAGAAGUCAAACGUGCUCAAGGGAACAAUUCUGUACUGAUAGCAAUGAUGUUUAUGUACAACGACGGCGUGGAUCUGCUAAAUUACGAAACUCAUUUCCUACUACGUCGAAUACUUACUCGACACCCUCCUCUGAUACUGUCAGACCCAUGUCCUCUAGUGAUAUGCAUAAUUUUCCAACUGCUGUAGUAAUGACACAAGGAAAAAAAGUAAAGACUUCCUUACAAAGACUUGAGCAGCAACAAGAUGAAAUGUUCCAGUUGUAGCAUUUAAGUUUCAUUGGGUUGUAAUAUCCUGAUUCGAUUGUUAUUAAAAAGCUUGUAGGAAAGGAUGUACUGUAUAUCAAUGUGAUAUAGGAGAUUGUUUCUCAUAUUCAAUGUUGAUUGAUCCAUUUAUAAAUUUAAUUGAACUGUAUUGUCUUUUUUGAUUUUUGCUAUCAAAAAAUUGUAUUCUUAUAACUUUAAAAUUUAAUCUCACAUAAUGAAUGCACUGUAUUUCAACUUUAUGAUUUUUUUUGUCAUGUUAAUAUGAAUAGAUCAACUAACUUUUAUACGAUUUGAACAUUAUAGUAACUAUUUAACUAACGUUUAGUGGACCAUAUGUGCCUUGAAUACAAAUUUCUAUGUAAAAUUUUCUCGAUACUUGGUUUUUGUCUAGGUAUAUAUUAUAAAAAUUCAUAUGCAUUUUUUUACUUUCUUUUUUUUUGUUAACUUUAUAAACCACUGUGAUAAAAUCACAAAAAACUAAAGGCAACAUUAUGAAAAAAUAGCUGCAUAAUAGAGAAAUAGCGCAAAAUUACAUAUAUAAUUAAAUU